GCUCCUAAAUAGCCUGCAGAAGGAAUUCAAUAUACAAAACAUAAUGUUUACAGUAAAACUCCUUUACACAGUGACGGAUAUUCUUCUUAGUUAAUUGUUUAGCACCUAGUAAAACUCUUCAUUUAACGAAUAAAAUAACAUUUCCAUUUCUAUUAAAGUUUUCAUCUGGUAUACAUUUUUGUGUGAAAACCUUCUAUGUAUGCACUACCAUACUAGUAGAUCGUUAGAAAAUACCUAAUGAUAGUUCCACAGAAGAUCACAUUUUGCGGUUGAAUUUUCAAUGAACAUUUCUAGUGUUCUUCUGAACUAAUUUUAAUAAAAAUGAAGCGGAUCAUGUUUCAAUACUGGUAAAGUUUGUCCAGUUUUUAUACGAUACUCCCUGUGCAAACUGAAAGGAAAUAUUUAAAACUGCUUGGUUAUUUAAAAUCUGCAUUCCAGGUUAUAGUAUAAUCACAAUGUUUCACAGAAAUUUAGCCAAAUAUAGAAUGACAAGCACGAAUGGGAUGAAUGAUCUGGAGAGGGCUUGCCUGUUGCAAUACAUGCUUCAACGCACACUUACACAAUAAGCUGAGGGUAAAACCACUGUAAUUAAGUCUAAUAUGAUAAGGUGGAGAGACUACUGACUCGUUGUUCAUUGAAUCUACCACCGACACAUGUGAUAGGAAUGAUGCGACACCUAUAACACAGAUAUGAGACAUUUCACCAUCAAUGGAACCGAGGAAUAUCAGGUGAUAGGACUAUGAAACUCGGACAUCGAAUGUAGUGUGAUUACAUUGAGAUGAUAGUGAGCAAUAAUUUACACUGGAAUCGUUACCAAAUAAAUAAUACUGUAUCACCACUCUAUGUUACACAUCAGAUAAAAUUAUCUUAUAUGGAAUGACAUUCUACCACGGUGCCCAUGUUUUGCUUUGAUAAGAAUUUUUCAUUUUCCAAAUCAACUACAUUCAUCAUCAACAUCGCAAACAUUAACAAGUUUCUUUGGUUGGACAUGAACGACAUCGAGUUCCUCGCUUCCAAUAUCCAUUCCGUUAAAAUGUAUCAAUUGAUAGAUCUACGUGAAGGUUGAAUGAGCCUUUCUAAAAUUCAUUGUCAUGAAAUCACUUGUAGCCUACAUGUUACUCCUAUAAAAUCAUUAAUGUUACAAUUCACCCAUCAUAUGAAUUAUAGAUUGAUUGUUAUUCUGAUGCAAGAAUACACACACAAAGUGUAUCAGAAAUAUUCUAAUGUGAAAUCAGUCAGUCAGCUUUGUAUUUAAUUUUGUUUUAGGUAAACUAGAAACAAGUAUGAUUCAGUAUGUCUAUUUGUGGGAUGAAAACAGUGAAAAGCUCAUUCCUCAGUUCUUCUUUGUAAAACUUUGAAGCUCAUCACCUUCAAGCAUCACAACUUUCAGUCAUACACUGUGAACUGUGAUGAAAUGUGGCAUUUGUUCGAAUCAGUGUUGCUCAGUGCACAUCAAAAUUCAUCAUGCAUCAUGCCACCUGAGUUAUACGACUCAUUUGUUCAAAAAGCAUUUGAAAAACAACCACCAGUAAAAGACCCGCAUUUCUAUUCACAAGUAUUUGGCACUAUUCGUGCAAUGUGCAAACGCCUUGGAGUAUGCUCAAGCCUAGAGACCACUUUACCAGGAUACCUGUUCGAUGAGCUGAACUGGUGUAUGAAAAACUUCACAGGCAACGCAUCUUAUGGGACGCCUUGUGGUUGCAAUGAAACCAGUAAAGUUGUACUGGCAUUCUGGGAAAGCGCGUCUGCUAUGUACGCAAAAAAGGUAUCCGGAGAUGUCAUUGUAGUAUUGAAUGGAUCGGUAGCAUUGCCGCUUAGAGAAAACGGCACUUUCGUACGCGUUGAAUUUCCACUACUUGUGCCCCCUAGAGUGAGAAAGAUCACUGUGAAAUUGAUUCAUAAUGCACGAAGAACGAAUUACCAUCAUACAUGUGAAUCACUGAGUAUUCGACAAUUUGCAUCCAUAGUAAAGUCAAGAUCAAUCAGCUAUGAGUGUAUAAAUGAUCCACCGGAAUUCAAGCAUUUUCUAUGCAUCGAAGACCCAUAUAUUAGCGACUGUCAGUUCUCAAGCUCUUCUAUAGCCAAAUAUGUCAAUAACUCACUAUUCUUUGCCUUUUUAUUGUUUUAUUCAGUUGUUCAUUUUUUCAUUAUUUGAUAUAAUUAUUUAUACAGACAAAUAUUAGAAAUUGAGCGGUAUCCAGAAUCAAAUUUCCAGAGUGAUUAGCUGUUUUUUGAACACAAAACAAAACAGCAUGUAGUCAUAUGCAUGUCAGUGUGAAAACAUUCAUACAGUUGCAUGGGUGCGCCUUUAUUUUUUAAUAUUGGAAUCAAACUCUUUCAUAAAUGAAAUUUAUUGAAAUGUUCCAUAUCAAGUUUACAUCACUUCUGAAAUAUAUGUAAAAAUUUUAUCACCAAGACUUCCGAUUAUGGGUUGUUGAAUUUAUAAGUGAAUUUAAGUGUCAUUGUACACAUCUGAAUAGGAAGGAUGAGUCUAUAGUGCACCUGUCUUAAAAACGUCUUUAGUUUUCAUAUGAAAUCGUUAUCAACUGCAGUACUGCUGGAUUCCUAAUGUAUGAUCUGUUUUUACUUAUGAAAAGAAUACAAUGUUUUCCACAA